AUGCGCCUACAGCAGCGCUCCUCCUCGGCGGAUAUUAACGACCGCCGCAACUUCCGCGUACACCGUCUCAUCGAGCGCGCGACCGGGCGUCCUCCACCAGCACGGCGUGUCAACGUCUCGGACAUCAGUGGGCCAGUCGAGGUCCUCGUCCCAGUGGGAGAGUCCUUAACAACAAGCCAGGCGUCGCAACCAGGCCGCAGUAACUCGCUGUCGUCCUCCCUUACGUCGCGUAUCUCCCGCGCCUUCUCCAUCUCGGACCGGCGCACGACGACGACGAUACCCAACACGCAUACCCGCUCGCACUCGACUUCUGCGUCAGUCAUCAUGGGUCUAACGAGCGACUUUGCCGCCCUAUCCCCGCCUUUGACGGCUAGCACGUCGUCAAACUGGAGCUACGAGGACGUCGCCACCGCCCGCCACGGCUACGUCCCGUCGUCGGCUUCAACCCAAAGCCAGCACAUGCAUACCUACCCUCAACGGCCGAUGGCAACAACGCCAUUUGGGUCGUACACGAAAAGCUCUGCCAAGCGCCCGAACACAGCACCUUCCUCCGGAUCCCCUUCCCCGCCGGAGAAGGCACCGCCACUGCCAGUCCCCAAGACGCGCCUCUCCCAGUCUCCCCUCGUUGGCUCGUCCCUCUUCCGCGAGACGUUCAGUCGCCUCUCGGCCGUCGCCAACGGCACCAGCAGCACCGACAAUGUGGCGUCUUCUUCGUCACUUCGUUCCCGCCCCAUUUCGCUACCGGUGAGAGCCACGCUGGUUCAGUCGGGGACUCCUCAACCGCCUUCCCUCACACGCCGUCCACCUUACGUCGUGCAGGACAGCUCGCUGGACACGCCGUCCCGGCCCGGCUUCCGCUCCAAGCGCGAGGCUAUCUGCCUCUCUCCGCUGCCGGUCUCGCCCGUUUCGCCUCUCUCGACAUCCUUUGUGCAUCCGCCAGAAACACCAUCAUCAGUCAACUCUAGCACUUCGUCUCGCUUCCGGAUCCCCCGCAAGCCUGUGCCUGUCCUCACGCCAGAAGAGCUCGGUACUCCAUCGCCCCCUCCCACCCCCAAGAUGUGCACUGACACUUCAGCGGGCGAGACGACUUCGGCCAGCAGCUGCAGCCCGCUGUCCUCCCCUGCUGCCUCGGCAGAAUCUAUGGACACACCACAAGACGAACCAACCUCGCCGUCUUUGGCACCCUUAAGCCCCAACGCCUCGUUCAGCAACGAGAUGGACCGCCUCUUUGACGAGCUUCUCGACGAGUGCCGCACACCAAAGGUCUCACGCCCGCCGACAGCAGCGACCCAGCACGUCCCUAUGCCGGAGCACCGACCAGUUACACCCGGACGACCACUGGCGCACAAGACGUCGUCUAUUCUCCGCCGCACUCCUGCAGUUCGCAGAUCACUCCGGAAUAUCAAUAUCCACAAGCGCUCCCAGUCGCACCCGUUACCCGAUAGCCCCAAGAUCUCGGUGCCACUGACUCCGAGCCGCGAGACGCGCCACACGCGCGAAACCUCAACCCCCCUACCGACCUGCUCGCCUUUCAAGCCCUUCAUCCCCUCGCAGCGCAGCUUUGAGCCCCUGCGUGCCGUCCGCUCCCGCUCAAGCCCAAUGCUGGCGACGACGUCCGCCAACAUCCCCGCCGCGGGCCUCCAGACGCCUGUCGGCCGGGUCAAGGAUCGCGUCCAGCAGUUUGAGCGGACCGAGAACUCCCCCACCGCCCCGUCCACCCCUGUGAAGACCUUGGGCGCCAUUCUCAACAAGAACAUUCGUGUGAACUCUGAUGAGCUGACUCUGGAAUCCAAGCGUCUGAUGGAAGAGGCGCGCGCGCGUCGCGCCAUUCGCUAA